AUGGCAGAACUACCUUUACCCCCAAUCUUAGACUCGGCCAUCCGCCUCAUCGGGCAGACGCCGAUGGUCCGUCUAAAUACUCUUCCCCAGUCAGAGGGCAUCAAAGCCGAGGUCCUGGCCAAGCUGGAGUACCACAACGCCGGCGGCUCAGUGAAGGACCGGGUCGCCAAGGCGAUGGUCGAGAGGGCCGAACAGGAGAGAAGACUCAAACCAGGCGACGUCCUGAUCGAGGCAACCAGCGGAAACACCGGCAUCGCUCUCGCCCUCAUGGCCGCGGUCAAGGGGUACAAAUGCAUCAUCACGAUAUCAGAGAAGAUGCCCGAGGAGAAGGUCCUCGUCCUCAGAUCUCUCGGCGCGCAGAUCGUGCGGACUCCCGCGGGCGUGCCCAUCACCUCGGCCGACUCCAUCAUCAGCGUCGCCCGGCGCCUCAACGCCUCAACGCCGGACUCGCACAUCCUCGACCAGUACACUAACCCAAACAACCCGCUGGCCCACGAACUCGGCACCGCGCCGGAAAUCUGGACGCAGUGCGGUGGGAAGGUUGACAUCGUGGUCGCGGGCGCGGGGACGGGCGGCACCAUCACCGGUCUCGCGCGCGGGCUGCGGCAGCAGAAUCCUGGCGUGGUCAUCGUCGGCGCGGACCCCGUCGGAUCUGUGCUCGCGCAGCCUGGUCAUUUGAACGCGGAGAAAGGGGAGUACAAGGUCGAGGGCAUCGGGUACGACUUCGUCCAUGGGGUGCUGGUCCAGUCUGCCGCUGACGUCUGGGUCAAGACGGGGGAUGUUGAGGCGUUUGGGUACGCGAGGCGGUUGAUCAGGGAGGAGGGCCUGCUGUGUGGCGGGUCGUCUGGGGCUGCGAUGGCUGCGCUGGUGAAGUUUAUGCGGCGGAGGCCGGAGAUGAAUCGGGAGGAUGUGCGGGUCGUGGUGAUUUUCCCGGAUGGUGUGAGGAACUAUCUUACCAAGUUUGUGGAUGAUGGGUGUAUGGAGCGGAACGGCAUGUCAUCGUAA